UGCAAGUGUCGGUUCAGUUUACCAAUCAUCUACAUGCAGUACUCCCCAUGUUUGGUGGGUACGUUGUGUUCCGACCGUUUGAAAUCAUAAUAUUGCUGACAAAUGCCAGUGCUGCACACGAUAAAAGUCAGGUUAUCAUCUUUCAAGACAACGCCUCGUGUAAACUUUACUGGUCUUCAAUGCUUUCCUCCAGACAUGCAUGUCCCGAUAUUACCACAGAACUUUUCCCAACUGAACUAAUCUCGGAUGUGGUUUAGGGUGUGUGCGUCAACGUCGUCGGCCACCAACCACGUUAGCUGAACAUGGCCAUGGGUUGGAAGAGAAGUGCGCAGGUUAUGCAACGCCCGUUGAAUGUCUGCGGUUCACAGUGGGAGUGAUAUCAUGUGGUCCGGUCGAGCGUUUUCAGUGACUGGGGGAGGCGUGCUGGUGCAUCUGACCCUCGGUACAGUCUACACAUUUGGUAACCUGUCGCCCUAUAUGACGUCAUACUUACGUCACAACACACGUGUAGACGUGACCUACAGUGACAGUGUUUGGAUCUACGCGUGUACCCUGAUAGGUCAUGGCCUGUCUAUGUUCCUCGGCGGGUUCAUCUACAGACAUAUCGGACUCCGACCUACAGUCCUGCUGGGUUCCUGGACGAUGAGUGCAGGCGUCAUGUUGACGUUCUUCACGGUGCAGCAUUCCUUCCUCGGCGUCAUCGUGACGUACGGCGUCGUGUGUGGUCUUGGUGUAGGUGUCGCCUACUCACUGCCUAUGUCCUGCGCGAUGAAGUGGUUGCCGGAACGGAAGGGUCUAGCUGGGGGUCUGGUGGUGGCGGGGUUCGGGGGGGGGCUUCAUCUUUAACCUGGUCCAGACAGCCUUCAUCAACCCCGGUAACCUGCCCACCGACCUGACAGUCAAUAACGAAAAAUAUUUCACUCAGCCGGAAGUGUUGGAGAGGGUGCCGCGGGUGUUUGUACUGACAGGGGGGCUGUACGGUGUCAUACAGUUGGUGGGUGUCCUGUUGAUGACCGAACCCCCACAGGUUUCAGCAGAUACCACCACACAGACGUCUGGUUCCCAUGUCACUGAGGUCAGUCCCACUCCAGACAGGGUGGUGAAUGCUGAGACCAGUCUUGUCUCUAACGCCAGCACCACAUCAGACACGGAGAUCAAUGAUGACGCCAGUAUUGUUCCUAACACGAGGCACACUGCAGACACAUGGGCCAGUGAUGACGCCAGUAUUGUUCCUAACACCAGUCCUACAGAAGACACGGAGGCGAAUGAAUGCACCAGCGAUGUUGAUGAAUCACCUGUGGACUUGACCCCUGGCCAGGUGUUACGGUCAAGGCAUUUCUACAUCCUCUGGACAUGUUUCCUGCUGAACGGCCAAGGAGUGGUGUUCGUCUUAACACUGUACAAGGACUACGGCCAGACCUUCAUCAAGGACGAUAUGUUUCUGGCUGUCACCGGUGCCUUUGCUGCCCUGUUCAAUUGUUUAGGGAGGCUGUUUUGGGGGUUUAUUGGAGAUCGGUUUUCUUACAAUACGGCCAUGCCAUACCUGUGCGGCAUCACCACCGGCGUCCUCAUCACCUUCCACGCCACCAGCCUCGGCGGAAUGCCCGUAUACUUCAUCUACGUGUGUGUGAUGUUCGGGACACUGGCGGGAAAUUUUGCCCUCUUCUCCCUCGCUGGUACUGCAGCCUUUGGCCACACACACUACCCCAUCAACUACGGCUUUGUGUUCACAUCGCAGGCCAUCUCGGCACCGCUGGGGGCCGUCUUGGCGUCUCAGCUGAAGACACUGAUUGGCUGGUUCGGGAUGUUCUGCCUAAUGGCGGCGUGCUCCUUCCUCAGUUUACUUCUUACGGUGAUCUUCAAAGUAAAAAACGUGAGGGGGGAGUGUGUGUGAAGGACAUCACCAGCAUAGACCACUGUAGCCUAGGAUACGUUCCAGAUACAUCACAUCGGUGUGUCAUCGCGUCUUUUAGCAGGAAGGAACUGACAGGAUAUACCUCUCUUGGCUACACUGAUGAAAUCAGAUUCAUUCAUCGUGGCCGCCAACUUCUGCCAGCUCCUGAACAUAGAUUCAUUCAUCGAGGCCGCCACUUCUGUCAGCUUUUCUUAUAACAAACCGGAAACCAGGUCAAUUGUUCAAACAGGCCGUGUGUAUUGUGUUGGCCUGAAUUCUUCCGACGUCAGUGGUUAUAAUGACGCCUUGCUCAGUAUUUCAGUUAUACCAUGUCGUGUGAGCUUCCUGUAACGAUACAUGUAAUAUAAACUCCUAGAACCCUUAAGACAGCGAUGUGUCAGACCAUUGGCCUUAUGGGGCAAAACUGGAUUAUGCCUGACUGAGGAGCAAAGAGAAUGUCGACGUAGCGAGGAAAAUAGAGAGCAAAACGAUUACUGGGAUACAUAAGAUUAUGUUUUGUUGUGUUGUAUAGAGACUGUUACAGAGACUCGUUCUGUUUUACUUAUGUUUUACGCCACAGUCGGAAAAUUACAAAACUUUGGAACCUUCAAAAUUUGGAUCGGUUGUUUCUUCGCGGAAUAGCAAUUUGCAUAUUAUGGAAUAUAAUUUAGACAGGUUUUACUUGUGUUGGCGCAAUAGUCGUUCCGCUGCGCGAAGCGACACCUAUAGGAGGAUAAGAAGAAUGAAAACUGUCAGUUAUAAUAAAGAAUAUAAAAUAAAGAGCUACAGUCAAACUAUGUUUUUGUUUAUUGGGGAACGUCAGUAUUAUGCACAGUUAGAGUACACUGUAUCUCUUAGAUUUCAGUUGCAGCUUGUACUAAACAAGCUUGAUGAAAAUAUAGCACUUUGGAAUAAAGUGUUUCUAUUACUGUUA